CUAUCUAGCAAAUUGGCCUUUUUCCAUCAUGCGACUAGCCUUGGAGGUGUCGAGUCGUUGAUCGAAUGGCGGGCAUUGUCUGAUUCGAGAGUCGAUCGAAAGCUGCUGAGGAUUAGUGUGGGGUUGGAGAAUUGGCUGGAUUUGAAGAAUGAUCUU